GUGUUUGAAGAAACUGGGUUUGACAUAAAAGAUUAUAUCUGCAAAGAAGAAUACAUUGAGCUGCGAAUUAAUGAUCAAUUAGCACGGCUGUACAUCAUUCCAGGAGUUCCCAAGAACACAAAAUUCAACCCCAAAACUAGAAGGGAAAUUCGGAAUAUUGAGUGGUUUUCCAUUGACAAAUUACCAUGCCACAGGAAUGACAUGACCCCAAAGUCCAAGCUGGGUUUGGCACCUAACAAAUUUUUUAUGGCAAUUCCUUUCAUCAGGCCAUUGAGGGAAUGGAUUUCCCAAAGGAAUGAAGAUUCCUCAGAUAGUGACAAUGGAUUAUCAUCUACAGGGAGCACGCCCUCUAAGCUCAACUUGGAAAAAGCUAGAUCCAAACUUCGCUGUAGUCAGCAGCUGUUUACAGAUGGCUCUUCAGGAGAGCAGUUGGUGAAGCCAAAACAGCCACAGAAGCCAUAUAAUAAUCCUGAGAUGUCUGAAGUUUUGAAAAUAAAGAGUCAGAGCUUGAGGAGCAAUGGCAGAAAGCAGUAUCAAGACACUUCCAGCCAAAAGAAGCGAACAAAUGGAGUCCACAGUCAACCAGUUAAGCAAAAUCAUACCUUGAAAUGUGAAAAAAGGCUUAAUCCAAGAAGACUUCAAGAUAACUUUGAAACAGAUGCAGCACAUGAGAUGUGUUGCUCCAGUGAAGACCCACUGCCAGAACACGUAGAGGGACAUUCUGUGUCAUCCAAUGGCCAUGACAAAUUGGCUUUCUCAUCAAGAGCUUUCUUGAAUUUCAAGUUUGACCAUGAUGCCGUAAUGAAAAGUUUUGACCCCUGA